AUGGAGCUGCGGCGAUCUUCCGUCUACAGCACGAUAGACCUGGUGCCACAGCUGGAGCAUUAUGCCAGCACACUGCCAAACCGCCAGUCCAGGAGCCGUCCAUCUCUUGAGGUUCUCCGCAGGUCAUUUGAGGAGUCGGAGGCGGAUAUCGAGGUCCCCAAUACAGACUCAGGAGUUGGCAGUGCUCCAGACGGAGGGAAUGAAGAAUCACCAGCUAAGGGGAAAGGUCCUGUUAGAUUUGGCUGGGUGACUGGAGUCAUGGUUCGUUGCAUGCUGAAUAUUUGGGGAGUCAUCCUGUUCCUCCGCCUCUCGUGGAUCACAUCUCGGGCCGGCAUUUUGUUGACCUGGCUUAUUGUCCUGAUGUCUGUGAUGGUGACCUCAGUAACUGCCCUCUCCAUCUCUGCCAUCGCCACCAACGGGAGGGUGACCUCAGGUGGGGCGUAUUUCAUGAUCUCCCGCUCUCUGGGCCCUGAAAUUGGAGGUCCAAUUGGGGUUGUGUUUUCCUUCGCCAACGCCCUGGCCUGUGCACUCAACACCGUUGGCUUUGCAGAGGUGGUCCGUGAUUUAAUGCAGGAGUUUGGUGUUGUCAUGGUCGAUUCGAUCAAUGACGUGCGCAUUGUGGGCGUGAUCACGGUGACUGUUCUUCUGCUCGUUUCAUUGGCUGGAAUGGAAUGGGAGUCCAAGGCUCAGAUUUUGUUCUUUAUAGUUAUCUUGGUUUCAUUUGGCAACUUCUUGGUGGGCACAUUCUUACCCGCCACUCAAGAGAAACAAGCCCAGGGCAUCUUUGGAUACCGUAGUGAUAUCCUCAUAUCGAACCUGAUGCCAGACUGGAGAAGACCUGAGGACGACUUUUUCCAGAUGUUUGCCAUUUUCUUCCCGUCUGCCAUUGGCAUCCUGUCUGGGGCCAACAUCUCUGGAGACCUCAAAGACCCUGCUACUGCUAUCCCCAAAGGCACCCUCAUGGCCAUUUUCUGGACUACAAUCAGCUAUAUAAUUAUCCCUGUAACUGUUGGGUCAUGUGUGUUGCGGGACGCCUCCGGGAACAUGAGUGACAUUCUGCCUGGAAACAUCACCGACGGCUGCGUGGGUCUGGGAUGUAACCUGGGCUGGAACUUCACAAAGUGCAUCCAGUCGCAGUCUUGUGAAUACGGUCUGGCCAACAAUACAAAGGUACUGGGCCAAGUUUCAGGUUUCUCCUACCUCAUCACUGCCGGUGUCUUUGCAGCCAGCUUGUCGUCUGCCCUCGGCUUCCUCGUCUCCGCCCCUAAAGUCUUUCAGUGUCUAUGCAGAGACGAGAUCUACCCGUACAUUGGAUUCUUUGCAAAGGGUUAUGGGAAAAAUGAGGAGCCCCUCCGGGCCUAUGUACUCUGCUACCUCGUCGCUGUGGCUUUCGUUCUCAUUGCUGAGCUGAACACCAUCGCGGCCUUGAUCUCCAACUUCUUCCUGUGUUCCUACAGCCUCAUCAACUUCAGCUGCUUUUACGCUUCAAUCACCAACUCCCCCGGUUGGAGGCCGUCGUUUCACUACUACAGUAAGUGGACAGCUUUGUUUGGAGCUGUGGUCUCUGUGGUGCUGAUGAUCAUGUUCACCUGGUGGGCGGCGCUCACCACCUUCGGCAUCAUCUUCUUGCUCUUUGGAUACGUCAACUACAAAAAGCCCCAGGUGAACUGGGGUUCGUCAGUGCAGGCCGGUACAUACAACAUGGCUUUGUCGUACUCCGUUUCUUUGUCUGGUGUCGAGGAUCACGUCAAGAAUUUUAGACCACAAUGCCUCGUCCUGACUGGGCCACCAAACCAGCGACCGGCACUGGUGGACUUCGUCGGCUCCUUCACCAAACACAUAAGCCUCAUGAUCUGUGGAGACAUAAUCAUGGAGCACGACAGGCAGACUCGGCCGCAGGACGCCACAGAUUUGUUGGUGAAGUGGAUGAACAGGAGGAAGGUGCGCUCCUUUUACACUCCGUUCACUGCCGACAGCCUCAGAGUUGGAGCCCGACACUUGCUACAGGCUUCUGGUCUUGGCAAGCUGAAGCCCAAUACUCUGGUCCUGGGCUUCAAGGCAAACUGGAGGGACAGUUCACCUCAAAGUAUUGAAGAUUAUAUCAACACUAUAUACGAUACCUUUGACGCCAACUACUGUUUGUGUAUCUUGAGGAUGAUGGACGGGCUGGAUGUCUCUGACCAGUUAGAUUUUGAAGUGAACCAGGGCUUUGAGCCGGAUGAAUCUGUUGAAAAUGACGACCAGCAAUCUCCUGGGAGGGAAUCGGCGGACGACAUCUCCGAUGGAGGCGACAGUGAUCAGAACAAGACGGUGUUUCAGAACGACCAGAGGAAGAAGACCAUCGACGUCUACUGGAUAGCUGAUGACGGAGGUCUGACUCUGCUGGUUCCUUACCUGCUCACCAGGAGGAAACGCUGGCACCGCAGUAAGAUCAGGGUCUUCAUCGUAGGAGAUGAGCAAAACAUGGAGGAAGGCCGCAACGAGAUGAUCGCUCUGCUGAAGAGGUUUCGCUUGGAUUUUAACAACGUCACAGUCAUGACGGACAGUGAGAGGCAUCCAAACGCCAAAAACCUCGGUAGGUUUGUGGACAGUGUCGCCCCCUUCAGGCUACACGAUGAACAGCAGGAAGGCGUCUCAGUUCAGGAACUGAGACAAAGUGCCCCAUGGAAAAUAUCGGACAAAGAGUUUGAGGCCUUCAAACUUAAGUCUAAGAGAAAAGUGAGGCUGAAUGAGAUCAUCCGGAGGAAUUCUCAACAUGCUGCUCUCGUGCUUGUGAGCCUUCCUGUGCCACACAGAGACUGCACCAGUGCUCUGUACAUGGCCUGGCUGGAUACUCUGACCUGUGGCCUCCACUGCCCCGCGGUGUUGAUACGAGGAAACCAGCAGAACGUGCUCACUUUCUACUGCCAAUGAAUCCGGAUUUUAUUAAGGGAUGGACACUAAAUUAUGCCACACAAACUUAAUAAGUAAGAAACAAAAAAAUAUUCGCACAAUUGGUACCAGCGGAGGGUUAAAAUUAAAAACCUCUAUAAUAUUUGAACAUAAAGAAAAUGUGUAGAGCGCGAGAGCUCUUAUAGGCAAUGGUGGAAGAUAACACCAAUGCAGAUACUUGCAUUCAAGAUUAUCUUCAGGAUGUCGAUGCCAUCGUAGUCGGCCACACUCGGCUACAGCUGCCAGUGAAAGCAAAGGGAGAGGAAGAGUGGAGGACCCCUGUGAUGCUUACAGGCAAGAGCCACAACCUGGAACAGAAAACGAUACAAGACGCACACAGACCCAAAGAGAAAGUCUUUGAACUAGUAGUCUGAGAUCAGCUACAGACUGAUUGUGUCAUGUAUUACAGCCCUAUAGAAGUAUCUGAAUUUGGUAUCUCUAGCCGUUUAUCAAGGUUUUUCCCUUUAAUUUGUCACUCGUCUUUGUAUAUAUAGAUGCUGUAUAUAGUGUUUCUGCUCAUGCAAUUUAAAAACUAAUGAAGUGAAGGUCUCCGAAAAUUACAAGAAAUACAUCAAUUAUUGAAAGAAACUCAAGAAUAAGGAAUGAACGUUCACAUAGGAUGUUUCCAAGAAUAACUCCCUUUUUACUAUAUUAUAAAGUAUAUAUAUAAAUGUAAUAUUUGAAAAAAGAGAACUAUCCUUGUAGCCUGGAUGAAGAGUUCAUUGAAUGGUAUUAUCGUUAUCUCUGGUAGAACCCUGGUCGUAUAGUUUCCAAGUGCUGUUAGAGUUUGAAUAGGUGUCCCACAGGGGUCUGUUCUUGGUCCUCUUUGUUUUGAGAAAUGAGCUUCUCAAAGCUUGCUUGUUUCUGUAAGAGAAGUGCUAUUUACUAACUGAAGAGAUGAUGAGUAUAAUUGCUAUAUAUUAGCAAGUAUAAUAAGUAAAGUAGUAUAUGAAAUCAUUUAUUUCAAUUAGUGCACAUUAAAAUGGAAAAGUAUAGUAUCCAUGACGUGUGCACUGCAAUGUUUCAAUGCAUCAUGUGCACAUUUUCGUGCAAUAGGACACCUGUCAGUCAUGAUGCAAGACGAUGACUCAUUAAUACCCAAAAUCUCAGUUGAACGUAAACUAGUGAAUGUCUACUAUAUAGGAGUAUCGGUGAAUAAAAUGCUUGAUGAUUUCAAACACAGAAAUGGUCUGUUAAUUCAGAAUAUUCCGUUUCAUUCGAUAUUCUCAGAUUUUCCUUCCAUAAAGUAAAUUUUCCAUUAAAUUGUUUAAUUAUUUGUAUUAUUUGUGAGGCUAUUGAAUGCAAAUGUGAGACUUGAGGCCCUUUUCACAGCAGCCAUGUGCCAGCAGGGUGAACAGGUGUAACUGAUUGUGUCACCGUCAUUCCAGUGAGCCAGCACAACACCAGGGCUCCGGCCUCCCUGAAUGCAACACCUGUGUUUACCCUUUAAUGAAAUGUCAAAAUAGCUGCUGUGAAAAGGGCCAAUUGAAUGAAACUGAAGAAUAUGAAUUUGAAGAAUGAGAAGUUUGAAUGAUAGCAAGAUUUUCCCAUCACAUGUUUGGAAGUUUGUAUUUAAAAUGUUAUCUUAUUAUGUGUCUGAAUAUUAAACAAAGAUCAUUUAUUGUAAUUUAAU